UUUAACACCGCAGAGACCCAGCCGCGGUGGCAGACUGGGAGACCGACUCAAGCUGGAGGAUUUGUUAAGAUAAUUCGCUUAGAGGCAUACUAUUGAUCGCACCGAAACAUUCCCCGUGACACAGCUUCAGCUCAAGACUCUUUUGACCGGGCAAAAAGUAUUCAGGAGAGAGAUCUCGUUACGCACAACUUUUACGCACAAACGGAGACCAGCCGAUGAACAGAUCUUCAUGUCACCUUCAGCACGGACUACACUACAAUUUAUACUCACACAGGUGUGAUAAUGUUAAGUGUUCGAACUGCAGGAAUGGAUGAAACGAUCCGCUACGUGCUCUGCUAAAACAACACCAAACCACGGACACUGGGAACUUGCCUGUAACAGCGAGCAGCGCCGGGUGCCAAAAUGAGCUUUUACCACCAGAGCUGGAGGAUCUUACAUAUUGUCAUUGCAACAAUUACAGCUGUUCUCACACAAGAUUUCAGCAAUACCGAGCUGAGCGACAGUAAGAGCCCAGUGCCUUUGCCUGUCUUCUUGCCUGUCAACUACGAGGUGCGAGAUGCUGACUUCCUCUUCCUAAAGGAAGCUGGGCAAGACUUCAUGAGGAACUCCAGCAUGCAGACUCACACGCAGCCCUUUGUCAUCUUAAGAUCCAGUCGGCAGCCAGCCGUCAACGCCAGCUACGGCACGAUGUCCACAGAGCAGCUUGUGCCUCUAGAUGUAGUCCAGUCUGUGCAGCUUUUCAACGCUCCGGAGGUCUUCACCUUUAACUGGAAAAUACAGUCCUUCGUGCUAACGCCUCGGGUUUUCUCCUCCAAGCCCAAAGUGCGGGUGCUUUUCUAUGUGGCUGGUAGGGACUGGGACCGAGGAGAAGGAACUGUGGAUGAGCUACCGUGUGUGACAGUGUAUGCUUUCUGGCAGACUCAGGAGGUCAGGGGUUCCUGUGCCAUGGGAGGCGAGAGGGGAACCUGCAUGGCUGAGCUGAAUCCUGCGCCUGGUUGGUUUGCUCCGGGGUCAGAGGGCACCAGCAGGGAGAGGCAGGACCCGACUACUGGGAACCCUGUGGAGCUGUACUACCAGGCGCAACCCAGAGUCAAUGGGAAGUGUAAUUCUGUGGAUGGAAGUCGUUGGGGUGGCUCACAGCAGCAGGCAGAGUAUGUUCCUAUCACAGCCAUGCAGAGGAUUGGCAGUGUGCGUCUUCUGCAGGUGCCCAAAGGAAUGGCUACACUUUCACGGCUGAAGCUCGGCAAUGCUGUUGUCAUACGGACAUCUUCCAAACCACUGAAGAAGACUGAUAUCGCCACCUUCUACAUACUCAUGGCCAGCUCUGCUGAGCUGACUAACUUCACUGUCAGAGCGACAGUAAAGAAAGGUGUGACCUUUCGAACAGCGACACCUAGUAACUCUUUACUGUGGGACAUCACUCUGGAUAUGGGUGCAGAUGGAGACAUCGCUGUUAUUUGUCAGAGGAAGGCUCCCAUACCUGGGAAAAGGCUGGAGAGCAGUCUGCUGGAGGUGCUUCAGAUGGAUUUUGAGGUGGAGGAGCUGAGCAGUCCUCUUGAAAGUCAGGUGAUCAUCUGGAGGCUGGAACUAACAUCCGAGUCCAAAAAUGUAGCCAAGACUGAAGGAGCCAUGAGGAUCUAUACAACUCAAAGAGACUUUGUAGGCCUGGCUCCUCUUGUAAUGGACACAGAGAUCCUGAAUACAGCCAUUCUCACUGGAAAGAAGGUGGUGAUGCCUGUGAGGACGGUGGCAGUGGAAGAAGACGGAAUGGUUACUGACGUGUCUGACUACACAGACUGUAGCUCCACUGAUGAGGAUGUUCUCAAGGUGUCGGACAGGUGCGACUAUGUUUUCAUGAAUGGCAAAGAGAUAAAGGGCAAGGUGAAGUUGGUGGUGAACUUUACUUACAGCUACCUGAGUGCUCAGCUAGAACUGAACGUGUGGAUGCCUCGACUCCCCCUCCAGAUCGAGGUGUCGGACACAGAACUGAGCCAAAUCAAAAGCUGGAGGGUCCCGAUACUAACUUCAAAAAGAAAUGGCUGGAACAGUGAAGAAGAUGACAGGAAGGGGAAGGGCUGCAUGCUUCAGUAUCAGCAUGCCCUGGUGCGGGUGCUAACUCACUUUGUGGCAGAGCAGGCAGACCCUCGGGAUCCUAAGGCCUAUUUCCUAGGCUCGGAUUGGCAGGUGGAUGUCACAAGGCUGGUCCGAUACUUCAUGAAGGUUGAGGACCCUCGAGUGGCAAGGUUGCAGGCUGGAAGGGUACUGUCAGGACGAGACCUCGGGACAACCACCAUCCAGGUGUUUUCUCCACUGUCUGAUGCAAUCCUGGCUAAGAAAACUAUCAAAGUCAUGGAUGACAAAGUGACCAUUACAGAGUUAGGGGUCCAGCUGGUUUCAGGCCUCUCCAUGAAUUUACAGCUCAGCACGGGAAGUAAUAGGGCCAUCCUGGCAACCACAACCACACAGGAGGUCCUACAGAGCCCCAAACAGGAGGCUUUGGUCAGUGCUUGGCUGCAGUUCAGUGAUGGAAACCAGACCCCUCUAGACAUUUAUGAUCGUGCUUACUACAAAGUGAUGGUGGCGUCUCUAGAUCAGGGGGUAGUGUCAGUGCAGGGCACGCCUCCAACUGUGGUGGCUGAGGGUGAGGGCGAGGGAGUCCUGGUCAGAGUAGAAAUGUCCAUCUGUGAGUCCUGCCAGAAGUCCAAACGCAAAAGCACUGUGGCUGUGGGCAACGGCAGCCUGAAGGUCAAGUUUCAAGUGAACAGUCGGCGGCUAGACAGCAAUACUGGUAUCGUGGACAGCAGCACUAUUAGCAACAAGGACAAUGACAGUGACUAUGGGAAUGAUGGAGAAGAGGUGGGAAGCGUGAGGAAGCAAAGGAAACCAUCCCAAAACCCUCCACGGCGCAGUCCCGCCUCAGAUAGAGAGGAAAGUGUCAUGCAGAAGAUUCCAACCACUAUCAAAUCUACAGAACGAACGUUCAUCACGAGUGGGAGCCUCGGAGGAGUGGGAAAGACAACCAAUGCAAGAAGCGCCGACAUUCCUACCAGCAUUAUGAGCAGCCCCACGGACGGCAGCAAGGUGUAUGGGUCAGACAACAUGAUAGUGGAGGAUAUGACCAGUUUUACCAGCACUGUGAAGGCGCCUGGGAACCUGGUGAACAAUAAUUUUCCCACCAAGGUGGAGGUACCUGGUCAGGAGACAUCAGAGGUAGAAAUAGGUGGAGAAGAAAUGCUUGCCAGCAGGCCGCUCACAGACUUGGAGAUUGGCAUGUAUGCUCUGUUGGGCGUCUUUUGCCUGGCCAUCUUGGUUUUUAUGGUUAAUUGUGUCUCAUAUGUUGUUAAGUUCAGGCACAAGCAGCCACCCUCGCAUGGCCAGGAGCCCACAGGACACAGGCAUGACUGGGUAUGGCUCGGCACAGAUGCUGAGCUGGUGAUGAGCGUGCCAGGCAGUCCAGUCCAGCAAGAAACCCAGACUACAACCACCGUUAUAGACAUUGGGCCUGAUAAGACUGCCUCUAUGUGCAGACGGCCCAGUUGCCUAGCCUCUGUUACAGACUCACCCAUCAGCUGUGGGGGCUCCCUCAGGGGCAAACCUAUGCACACCGAGUCCCUCCACUCGCCAACCAGCAAGCGAAAGAGAGUCCAGUUCACCACCUUCUCCACUUUAGAGCGACAGCAUUCGCCACGCCUCCCGCCCAAGGAGAAUGGUUAUGGCAUCCACUGGGUUGGGAAGCAGGACAGUUUUGAGGAGCAACCUCAAAUGACUAUUUCAAAGCCUGGAGACGAUUUGUAAUACAGAACCUGAUCAGACCUCACAUGUACAGUAGAUGUGGCUUUGAUCACCUCAAUGCCUUUCUUAACUGUCUAGAAUAUGUCAUUUUGGAAUGGCCCUCCUCUACAUUUCAUUACCUAUCAAGGCCUUUUACAUGAACUGUAUAUUAUUGUACAUUUUGGAGUGUGGAUGUGUGUUAAAAGAUUAACCAGAUGAACUUUUAAUACACAGCAUUUAAAGCCACCAAAUGCUAAUACUGCAUGUGGAUUUUUGUUUUCAAUGUUUGCACUCACAUGAUGGUUUACACAGACAAAGACUCACUGAAUAAGUAUCCCGAAUAACAAAUGCCAACUAUUGAUUUCCAUUUAUAAUACUAAACUCAGUCUGAGUGGAUUUCUUAUGCAAUAUCUAAGGCCCGUGUUUUUGUAAAAAUUGAAGGAAUCAAAUUUUCAUUUAUUUCUUUCAUUAAACACCAUAUCUUAAGUAUUUGAUUUCACUGAUACAGUAUGCAGGACAGCUAUUGAUGUUUAUCUAUAUUUUGUGUCAUUCUAAAUGUUAUAUUUGCAUCAAAAAUGUUGCGAAACUUUUGAGGGUUAACAUUAAAUGUUUUCCUAACCAGCCCAUGCUCCAGCGUGUUGCCAAAUCAACUUUUGUAACGACAAAUUACAAGAACCCUUUGUGCCCCUCUGCCCUUUAAACAAAUGGAAUUUUUGCUUGGCCCCUGGAUGUCUGCAACCCAACCGUUUAAUGUGGAAGCAAACAGACUGGAAGGAAUAGGAAAUAGUGCAACAGUUGCAGAUAGGGUAAAUCAGUGGAUCCACUGAGUUUGUGGAGAAUUUGAGAUUGGCAAUUUUACAUUUAUUAUUUUGGCCGAGGGAAUGAAAUAGAGGGAAUGAAAACACAUUUUCAAAUACCCAACCAUUCAAAAACAAAGAGUGGAGUUGUUUGCCUCUUUUAUUAAGUAGACUGAAAAGCAGAGAAGCCUUAUUUAUAUAUGUAUACCAAACAUAAAUAACAGUACAUUAGCAAUUAAGGUAUACAUGAAAUAUAUUAACAGGACAAAAAACCAUUUCUUUCUGGUUCUUUGGUUCAAAGUGCUCUGCAGCAUCAUUUCAAUUCAGCCGUGCAGAUAAAACAAGGUUAUUUUGUACAUCAUCUUUGUAGCCUGAUUUCUUAAAAGUCUGUGAAUAAACACAUCUGUGAUCAUUUUACCUACAGCAUGUAAAGGCACCAGGGUAAUGCCCAGCUCUUCCUGAGAAAGUAUACAGAGUGGGGUUGAGCGCUGUCACCUUACGCUCCGAGCAGAGUGUCCACCAGCUGCCUAUAGGUUUCUCUCUCCUGUUUCAGGCCGUGAUGCUCUUCCACGUAAAGUUUUCCAUUCCUUACCACCCUCUCUCUCAGCUUGUGAUCUGAUAACAGCCUUUGAGAUUGAUGCACAAAUUCCUGGCAGGAUUAAAAGAAAAAUUAUUCUUAUUUACUGCCAAAUGCAACUUAAAGCUUACCAUUGAAGGUGAUUCAAGAAAGUCUUUUUUUUUAAGAAUAAAAGAUUAUCCAAGGCACGAGAACAGAACUCAAACAAGAGCCUGUGCUGCUUAGUAAAUACUUCAAAAAUAUCUGUACAUUGCCAAAUAGGGGAGGUGUUUGUGGCUCCAAGUCAAAAAGUGUCUGUCCAGUCUAUCCAAAUACUGUAAUGCUACAAUUUAAGAAUAAAAAACAUUCAGCUGUCACAUGAACUUGGUGAGGGGAAGAUGAGGAUAUAAAUGAGACAAUAAGAAAUGUUUAAUGUUGUCAUCUCUAAGCAUUGACUGAGAUGUGUAUUCACACAGCAUCCUGAAUCCUAGCCGUUCAUCUUUUGGCCAAGCAGACU